AUGGCCGCACUUCAAGAACUCGCAGAUCGAACAAAGAUGGAUGCAAUCUAUAUUGACACCGAUGUCGGCCAAGAUGAUCAAACAGCCACUGGUGCUGAAAGCAAACCAUACAAGUCUUUAGCAUACGCAUACAUUCAACAUGGUGGUAGCGAGGGAGGAAAAUAUCAAUCGAGAGCCUCAACAACCGGUGCCGUCAGUGCAGAUGGAGAUCCAGCAGAGAGAUUGGUAUGGAAGGAACCAGCUAAAGCUGCCAUUAAGAAAGCUCAAAAUGCUUUGGAAGCCCACAAGAAGAAGCUUGUGAAACAACAACAGACGGCUGCUGCAGAGAAGGAGAAGGAUGAUGCCAGACUCAAGACACUCGAGGAUUCGAAAAAGAUUGUUCUUACCGAAGAUACUUCGUUACCCGCAGCUGUUAAGAUUAAGAUUGGCCGUAAGGAUAUUGAAUUGGGUGAGGGCGAAAAGAAGGGUGUUCGUGUCAAGGUUUCAGGUCGUAUCCACAGAUUGAGAGAACAAAAACAAGCCACUUUCAUUACAUUGGUUGAUGGAUAUGGCCAUUUACAAUGUAUCUUGCAAGGCGAUCUUACCAAGACAUAUGAUGCUCUCACUUUCGCACAAGGUACUUCUCUAACCCUCUACGGAGAAAUGCGAAAGGUCCCUGCUGGUCAAUCAGCUCCAGAUGACCGCGAAUUACACGUUGAUUACUACAAAGUUAUUGGCAGAUCUCCAUCUGAUGCUGAUGCCAUCACCAACAAAAUCUCUCAUCAACAAGAUCAAUGGGAGUCUUCAAUGUUGGACAACCGUCACCUUGUCCUCCGUGGAGACACUGCUUCUUCAGUCAUGAAGGUUCGUUCCGCGGUCGAAUGGGCUUUCGCGAAGGCAUACAAGGAGAUGUACUUCACCAAGAUUAGUCCACCUGCAUUCGUUCAAACACAGGUUGAAGGGGGUUCGACUCUGUUUGAAUUGGACUACUAUGGAGAGAAGACAUACCUUACUCAAUCAUCUCAACUUUACCUCGAGACUGGUAUUCCAAGUCUUGGCAACGUUUACUGUAUCGAAAAGUCUUUCCGUGCUGAAAAGUCACUGACCCGUCGUCAUUUGUCCGAAUACACACACGUUGAGGCUGAAUUGGAUUUUAUUGAUUUUGAGGAUCUUCUCGAUCAUUUGGAGGAGAUGAUCAGCACAGUUAUUGGUACAAUUAUGGCCGAUCCAGAAAUCGCCGGAUAUAUCAAGGAACUUAACCCAGAGUUCAAAGCUCCAGCUCGUCCGUUCAAACGCAUGCGCUAUUCAGAUGCCAUUGACUGGCUCAACGCUCAAGAUCCCCCAAUCCUUAACGAAGAGGGUAAUCCACAUGUAUUCGGUGAUGAUAUUGCUGAAGCGGCCGAGAGAAAAAUGACCGAUAUCAUUAACUUGCCCAUUCUUCUCACACAUUUCCCAGUUGAAAUUAAAGCUUUCUACAUGAAGAAAGAUCCUCAAGAUCCAAGAGUUACAGAGAGUGUUGAUGUUUUAAUGCCAGGUGUUGGUGAGAUUGUUGGAGGUAGUAUGAGAAUGGAAGGUUAUGAAGAAUUGAUGGCUGCUUAUGAGAGAGAGGGAAUCAGUCCUAAGGAGUACUACUGGUACACUGAACAGAGAAAGUAUUCCGUACAUGUUGUUUGUACCCAAGAUUCAUGGGCCGUUGCAAGCCUUAGAGAGCAGUUGAUCGAUUGA